UCUUCUUCUUCUUCUUCUUCUUCUUCUGGCCACAUUUAUUUCCAGGCUUCAGAGUAGAAAGUGUCGCCAUGAUGCUCCUGCUCCUGACUGGACUUUGUGCUGCGGUGCUGAUCAACAUGUCGGAGGGCGUGAGUCAGGAUUUGGUGGCGAUCCAGAAGCCGCGCUUCUACGGCGUGCGGCCCGGUCGCUUGGUGGCCAUCUACUGCAUGUCCUCCAAGCAGCACCUGGCGGCCCAGGUGGUCUGGUACAAGACCCCCGAGUACGACCGGGCGCCGUCUCAACGGCAGGUGCUGGAGGGCGCCAUCACUCGCCACAAGAACCUGACCCGCAACGCCUUCCUCAUCCUGACCGACUUGACCGUCCAAGACAGCGGCGUUUACUACUGCAGGAUCGAGCAGGCCUGGGGGGCGGGGACUCAGCUGCAGGUUGCCAGGCCGGUGGACAGAGCCCGGGUGUUGCACCACAGCACGGUGAAGGACGGCCUCAUGGUCACGCAGGCUCUCAUGAUGGCGCUCUUUGCCGCCGCCCUGCUGCAUCGCAAACUGCUGCUGAAGAGGAGAGAGACCAUCUACGAGGAGCCUCAGCUGGACCACAUCUACCAGGGUUUGGUGAUGGAGAUGGGCGGAGACGACCUCUACGAGGAACUCACCAUGUACGCCCAGGCUGCAGAGGUCGCCGAGGCCCCGUGGGAAUGACGCGUGUGCUCCUUGUAGUCCACAGGAACUACUUUUGUUUACGCAAUAAACUUCUGAGUGCUCACAGCUGCAUAAAAUACCGUUUUAAUUCA